UUUGAACUUGAUCCAAGGAGUCGGAAGAAAACCCUUUAAUCCAUUGGGACAAAGUGGAAGAACUUUAAGCAUUAUCUGUAUAAGAAAUUCAUUGAGAAGUUUAAGAAUGACCCUAAUGCAAAUCUGCUCAACCCUCCAGAGAUGUAUCCUUAUUUGAAGAUAGAUGAGUGGACGGUUUUUGUAUCGCAAAGACUUUCAAAGAAGUGGGAGGAAAUAAGUGAGAAAGCUAAAAAAAUGCGUGGACAACAUAGAUACAAUCAUCGAUUGAGUAGAAAAGGAUAUGCUGGACUAACUCUUGAGAUUAUGCAAGAAACGGGAAAGGAGGAAGACGAGAUUGAUAGAGCAUUAUUGUGGAAAAAGGCAAGACAAAUGAAAAAGGAGGUUAUGACCCGAAUGUUCAGAUUGUUGUUGAUAAAAUGGAAGAGAUUUAGAAGUCAGAAACUUUAGGAGAGGUCAGUUGUGGAACAAAUGACAUGCUUACCCAAGCCCUAGGUACCCAGGAACAACGUGGGCGUGUACGAGGGAUGGGCAAAUUUGU